AUGCGGGAGUGCGAAGAACAGCGUCAGUACCCUAGGUCGGCUGCUUUGGCCGUCUUCCACGGCGACCUCAGGGCGGCCGUGUCGGCCCUUCGUCGUGCUCAUGACGUGACGAACCGGGAGCUGCAAGCCGCGUCGGACGUGGCCGCCUUGAUGCCUCCCGCCGGACCUGCGGCCGCUGCCUCUCACACCCAGGUCGCGGACGCCCGGAGGAGCAUGUGCGUGCUGCUUGACAUGAUGAGCAUGUGCAUCGCGGGGUUCAACCCCCCUGCUGCUCGGCAAGGCAAGGGGGGCGGGGCGGGGCAGCGGCAGCAGCAGCAGUUACACGGCGAUGGGGCGGGGUGCGGGGAGGAGGAGGAAGAGGAGGAGGAGGAGGGUCAGCCGCUGUGGAGGGAUAAACUUAAGGAGCUUCUUGACUCAAAGAACGCGCCCGCAACUUAA